AUGGCGUGGAUACCUGAAAAGUACAGAGGAAAGGAGAUUCUGGCAGUGGUGACCGAGUACUUGACACGAGAAGAGGGCAUGAAGACACGGAACAUGCUGGCCUGCAACACGCACUGGUCUCAGAACUUUUGGAAGCAAGCGACUGGCAACAGUGACAUCAGUUCAUGCACUUACUACAUCACACAUUAUGACGUGGAUGAGUUCCAAGUGCCAAAGAUCAAAGACGAAGGAAUCGUUGUGAGGGUGAGUGAUCAAUGAAUAAAUGGAGAUCAGUGUUCAGUUGAAGUGCAUUCACAACGAGACCAUGAACAAUGCUGUGGAUUAUGAUCAGACGGUGUUUCCAUUCAAAAGAGACCGCUGGAUGAGAGCCCUUUUUGAGGAAGGAAUUGGACGGAUCGCCUAUGAUUUAGAAGGCAAAGUGGUCGGAAUCGGAUGCGUUUCCAUUUAUCCGUCCGGAGAAUGCGUCAUCAGUCCGUUGUACGCCGACAGCAAGUUGGUCGCGCAAAUGAUAUUCCGGAGCAUUCUGAAGGAGCUUCUUCUGACGAAAAAGAAGAAGUUGUGGAGAAUGCAAGUGAGGUCAAAUGAUCAGUGCAGAGAGAGUUUUGAGUGAGAAUUCAUCAUUUCGUAUACACUUCAAUACCCUCAUUUCAGAUGGAUCGAACCGUUCCUCAAUUGCCCGCUCCGUCGCGUUCACCUCUCCAACCUCAGCUACUCCAUCUACCCUCCCAAACACUUUUUCGACUUCUCCAAAAUAUUUGUCAACGCCCACCCGACCAACGGUCCGUGCUAA